AGGGUCGUGUUUGGGUCUCCCAACGUGUUUACGCGCUAAGGCGGGAUCCAGUUAAAGGACCAUUGUCGUGUCUGAAUAGGAUAACUUAGGUUAAAAUAUCGUAAUGUGAGUUUCUUAGAGAGUUUCUAAGCGAGGACCAGAUAUCUGCAGCUAUAGAAACAUUUACAGCAUUUACAGAAGUCUGGAAAACUAAAGAAACACCAUCCAGUACGAGGAGGAGAUCGAUCAGCUCAGGCUGCAGAAACCAGGAAUAAGACCUAACACAGCAACAUGUCUGAGGAGGAACAACUUCUGACUGACCCGAAGCAAGAACCAGAAGCAGCACACGUAAAAGAGGAACCUGAAGAAUUGUACAGAAGUCAGGAGGCAGACGGGAUCGUACUAAAGCAGGAGACUGACACCUUCAUGGUGACUCCCACCUAUGAGCAAAGUGACCACGGUGAACCGAUCGGCAACCACUUCCUUUCUCCCACAUCUGUUCCAGAGGAGAGUUGUGGUCCUGAAGGAAGCAGACACACAGACCUCCUACAGAGUCAUGUCUGUAAAGAAGAGGACGCUCUGACUGACCAGAACCCCUGCAAGCAAGAGGACAACUUCAGUUUGGAUCAGGAACAACCAGAACCUCAGAUUAAAGAAGAACAGGUGGAAUUCUGCACCACUCAGGACGAACUGCAGCUGAUGGACACAAAAGAAUUUUAUGGUUUAAGGCCACGCAAUUUCCUGGCCCUUGUGCCAGAAAAUCCUCAUGACUCUGACGCUGAUCUGAGUGAUGAAGAAGACAAAACAGAGGAUCCAGAUUAUCUGCCCGCACAAUCAGCUGCAGAAGUGAUCGGGGAUCAUUCCUUUGAAUCCUUGGAUGAGGAGGAAAUGCCAAGCACAUCUUCUACAGCACCGCCCCGUAAGAAGAAGAAAAAAGGGAAAAACCAACUAAAAACCGUCCACAUGCAAGAGCUGGACGAUCCCCCGGACCCAAGGCAUUCCUCAGGAUCCAAGACAGGCACAAGGAGAAUCUGGAAUCAUACUGAUAUUGGGAAAUUCCAGGCUCCUGAUUCAAGUUUUGUACUCCCUGACGCAAUUAAAACACCCUUCCAGUAUUUCAAAACACUGUUCACCGACGAGAUGAUUCAACAUAUUGCUGUACAGACCAAUCUGUACUCUGCACAAGAAUUGGGCGACCCAAUCGAAACUAGCCCUGAAGAGAUUGAAGAUUUCCUGGCAAUGCUACUCUUCAUGGGGAUUUUCAACUUCCCAGCAAUCGACGACUACUGGGACCUCGAUUCACGUUUCGACGUGACAGCCGACAUCAUGUCGAAGAAGAGAUUCAAGCUCUUGCGUCGUUUUAUUCACUUCAAUGAUAAUCAGCAGUGUGAUGGCAACCCCGACCGAUUUUACAAGAUCCGGCCCCUUUUUGAGAUGCUUCGUGAGCAGUGUCUCCUCAUCCCGUCCACUUACAAGCAAAGUGUGGAUGAAGUCAUGGUGUCAUAUAAAGGCACAAGGGCGGGCACUCUCCGCCAAUACAUCGCCAAUAAACCUAACAAGUGGGGCUACAAAAUCUUCUGCCGUGCCAGCCCAUCUGGCAUCAUCCACGAUUUACUGCUCUAUCAAGGGCCGUCCACAUUCUUCAAUCGUGACCUAAGUGAGGAGGAGCGGCAGCUACCUCUAGGGAGCAAAGUGGUGACAACGCUAUGCAAAACCAUAACACAGCCACGGCUUUCAGUCGUCUUCUGUGACGACUACUUUACAAGUUUCAAAUUGGUCCACAGCCUGGAGAUAAAUCUGGGCAUCAAGUGCGUCGGCACUGUCCGAUCAAACCGCAUUGGCGGAGCUACCUUGAUGGAAGACAAAGACCUGAAGAAGAGAGGACGUGGAGCUUUUGAUUACCAGUCUGCUGAAGGGGUGAUUGCAGUGAAAUGGUACGACAACAAAUGUGUCACCCUCCUGAGCAAUGCCUAUGGGGUCAUGCCUCUUUCAACUGUCAAACGGCGGAGCAAAGAUAAAAAAGCGAAGGUUGCCAUUACAUGCCCGUCACUCAUUGCUGCCUACAAUGAGCACAUGGAAGGUAUUGAUCUUUCUGACAUGCUGGUACACCUAUACAAGACCCCAGCCAAGUCACGCCGAUGGUACUUCCCUCUGUUCGGAUACGCCCUUGACCUGUCCAUCUCCAAUUCCUGGCUAGUCUACAAGAGAGACUGUGGCCUACUGAAUGAGAAACCAAUGCCUCUGAAAAGGUUCCGCCUGGCAGUGGCCCACAGUUUGAGGCGAGCCAAAAAGCCAGCGCCCAGAGUUGGCCUAGCCUCCUCCGCCUCUCCACCACCACAGACGUCCUUUCAGAAGAAGCGUCUCUCCCCAAGAGCCCCACGACCACAACCAGACGUACGCUUUGACAACUACGGACAUUGGCCACGUCACACUGACAGUCGGGGGCGGUGCAACCUCUGCCCAAAGGGUGUGUCAAGAUGGAAAUGUGUGAAGUGCAACGUUUUCCUGUGCCUGAUGGCCAAGCAGGAAUGCUUUGUAACAUACCAUCAAAAAUAAAUUGGACGUAACAUACCAUCAAAAAUAAAUUGGAAAAAGGGGUGAUUGCAGUGAAAUGGUAUGACAAUAAAUGUGUCACCCUCCUGAGCAACGCCUACGGGGUGAAGCCUCUUUCAACUGUCAAACGGUGGUGCAAAGAUAAAAAUGCCAAGGUUGUCAUUACGUGCCCGUCACUCAUUGCUGCCUACAAUGAGCACAUGGAAGGUAUUGAUCUUUCUGACAUGCUGGUACACCUAUAGAAGACCCCAGCCAAGUCACGCCGAUGGUACUUCCCUCUGUUCGGAUACGCCCUUGACCUGUCCAUCUCCAAUUCCUGGCUAGUCUACAAGAGAGACUGUGGCCUACUGAAUGAGAAACCAAUGCCCCUGAAAAGGUUCCGCCUGGCAGUGGCCCACAGUUUGAGGCAAGCCAAAAAGCCAGCGCCCAGAGUUGGCCGAGCCUCCUCUGCCUCUCCACCACCAGGACGACCGUCCUCCACCUCUGCACCACCACAGACGUCCUCUCAGAGGAAACGUCUCCCCCCAAGAGCCCCACGACCACAACCAGACAUACGCUUUGACAACUACGGACAUUGGCCACGUCACACUGACAGUCGGGGGCGGUACAACCUCUGCCCAAAGGGCGUGUCAAGAUGGAAAUGUGUGAAGUGCAACGUUUUCCUGUGCUUGAUGGCCAAGCAGGAAUGCUUCGUAACAUACCAUCAAAAAUAAAUUGGACAAGUUUCCCGCUGGCCCAUUUUUGAUUUUGAGGAAAAAAGAAAUCAAGGCCCUGAACGUUUUCAAAUGUGUUCUAUGCAAUAAAAGAAGUGAUGUUCUUUUGAUAUUUUUCACAGCACAGCUGAGAAGUUGGGCAAGGUCCCAUGCAAAUUUUUUGUUUGUUAAU